UAUACUACUAGAAUUUGAACUUUGGUUGAACAUGGCGUCUUUCCUGAUACUGUCAGUGUUUUCUCUUUGUCUUUUUCCACGUCCUGCAGCUACAGCCUCACAAGGUGAUGAUCGUGUGGACAAAAUAGAGGACCGACUGUGGAAGCUGGAGGGGAAACUUAAUCAAUACAUAGAGGAAAAUGGUCACCUGAAGAAGAUGGAAAGGAAACUAAACCAAUACAUGGAGGAACAUGGCCGCCUCCAACAACAGAAUCAAGAGCUACAAAGAUGGGUCUCUAAGACUGAGAAAAAGAAUGGCGAGUUGACAAUCAAGAUAAGUUCUCUUGAGGAAAAAGUCAAGGAGAUUCAGCAGAGUAAUGACAAAUGUCAGAUUGACAUAAAACAGUUAUCUACAAUUAUUGAGGAUAAUUCUGAUAGUUUCAUUUUCAAUAACGAUCAAAUGAAUGGAUCAACCCCAUCGAAUAGCAACGAAGUGAAAUCGUUCUCAUCGCAUACUUAUAUCCGAAAAAGAAUUGUUCCAGCAACGGUUGCUUCCACCGAGCAAGUAGCUUUCUACGCCUAUAUGUCUACAAACACGCAAGCAAAUCUUCGGCAACAUCACACACUGAUAUAUGACGUGGUAAAAAUCAACAAAGGUCAAGGUUAUCACCAGGACGACGGUAUCUUUACUGUCCCAAGUUCGGGUGUCUAUGUGUUUGCAUGGACUGUGGCUAUUCAAACUCACGGAUGGGCGAGUGUGGAAAUAGUAGUCAACGGGGUAGUUUUCGGGUCCACAUUUGCAGAUGGUACUCUUAGUGAUUGGGAGCAUGGUUCUGGGAUCGUCGUGGUCGAGACGCACACUGGGGACCACGUCUACGUACGCAUGCAAGAAAACGGGAAUGGAGUAGUUAACAGCAAUGCAAGGGGAAGAACGUCCUUUUCGGGAUGGAAACUGUUCUAAUAUGAUGUAAACUAUAAGAAAUAUAUAUGGUUUAAUAAACACAGAAGUCUUACAUCC